GGAACAUAAUAAUAUAAUAUAGUGAUUUGUAAAUUUUAAUUUUGAAAUCGAUCAAUUGACAAUUGUUCUAUGGAAAUAAUUUGUUUUUAUUUUAUAGAAGACGCGAAGUCCACGUGUCUUAUAAGUACUCAAUCAGUACAUUUAGAUAAAGAUAUCAAAAGUUUCGGUGAAAAACGAAUCAUUUUAGUGUUUUUAAUUGUUUAUUUAACUAAAUGAUAAUUUUUAUGUGACAGACAUCAAAAUAUCAUUGGCAGAGAGUCUAAAAGUGAUUAUUUCAUCCUACUUAUUUAUGUAUUGUAAAUCGUUAUUACCGAUACUUAGUAAGAGUCAUAACUCAUAAUAUACUUCUUAUAAAAAAUGUACACAAGGCUGUAUAUUAACGAGUUAAAAAGUUAAAGUUUAGUUACUUUUAAGUUUUAGGUACUAAGUUACUUUUUUAGAAGUAACUUCUAACUUAACGAGUUACAUUGUUUUCCAUGUUAUUCAGUAACUUAUUUUUUUUUAUUAUCACGUGAAGUUAAUUUUAUUUCUAAACCAGAGAUUACAAAUAUAUUCAGUUUUGUAAAAAUUAGUAUUAUAAAAAAAUAAAUAACCUUAAAUAUUAAAUACAUUAAUUCGUAAAUCAUAAUCAGCUAUAAUAAUAGUUAUUACAUUGCAUAUUCAUAGAAUAUAUUAUUAUACAACAUAUUAUAAACAGAAAUGUUAUAGGGGUAACCGCGUCAUUAAUAAAAUAAAAAUAUAAUAAUUUACUUUCAGUAUCCCAUACACAUUAGUAUACUCAUUACAUAGAUGUAAAUCCAUUAAAAUUUUAGGGGGGACCAACAUUAUUAACAUAAAUGUGAGUGGGAUGAUUUCGAUCCCACACAACUAAAAAAGGAGACUUGACGGAUUUUUUUUUGUGGGGGGGGGGGGGUAAGUAAGGUCCCCGUAAUCCCGACACAUCUGUUUCACAACCUUGUUUUUAUAUUGCUUUCUGUGGAGCUGUGAGCUGUGUAACCAAUUAGUUAUAUUCUAAUAAUGAAUUUGAUUAUUAUAAUAUUUAGUAGAUAUAGCUGUGGACCAUUACGUAAACAAAAUAAUACAUAAAAAUAAUUUAAUUAAUUUGUUGAAUUUCAUCAUUGAUUAAAGUAUAUAAGUAUCUACAGUAAUUAAUUUUAAUACAUACAAUUAUUUAAAAAUGUAAGAGGUUUAUUGAAUUACUAUGUUAUUAAUUAUUUGUUAUAGCUUUAAAAAAAGGUAGGUAUAAUAAUAUUAAUAUUAUAUGAAAAAUAAAAUAACUGAUUAUUAACGAAGUUAAGUUACUUUUAUUAUUUAACGAACUUGUAACUUUUACAAGUUAAAAAAAAAUUUAAAAAAGGUCAACUACCUACCUAUUAACUUUAAACUUAAUUUACAUUUUGUACUAUUGUUUAUAUAUGACGUAUGGUUUUACCUAUUUUUUAAAUAAAAUAAAAAUUCUAUCUUAUACAAAAUUGUUACAUACUAUCAGGUUAAAAUUGUUAUCUUAUAUCAAAUUGUUACUAUACUAGACCUAAGUAUUAAAAAAAAUAUUAAAAAAAUUAUAACACUUUUACAGUGUAUCACAUGUGAAAAUGCUGUGAAAUAAUACCCAACUUAGGUAUACUGUAGGUUAUACCUACCAAUUAUUAAUCGAUUGUUAUUACAAAAAGUGCCUUUUCGUGCUAAUAUAGAUAAACCCAUGAAAAAUAAAAUACAAUAUGAACCUACGACCUACCUAUUAUAUGUACAAUAUGUUCGUAUAUAUAAGCAGCAAUCAAAGACGAAUAUUAAGAUAUUAUAACUGUAAUAAAGAACAUAAUUAUUGAUAUCGAUAAUCAAAAGGAUAGUUAUAAUAAUUUAAGUAAUUAAUAAGUAAUAAGAUAUUAGGUAUGUAUAUUAAAAUUUGUCCAUGUUAAAUUUUAAAUGAAUCAUUUGAAUAUGUGAUUAAUUAUAAUGCAUUAAUAAUAUAUUGUGUUUAUAUAACAUUUUGGUUUUUUAUUUCUAAAAAAACGAAAUGUAAUAUUAAUUAGUAAAAUAAAUACAUAUACGUUAAAAAUAUACUUUUAAUUGUAAAGUUGAAUUAAGAUUUAAAGGUUAAAGACUAUUCAUCGUUUAGAACACAAUAUACCUAAUAUAAUGUAUGUGGGCGUUUAUUAUCGAUAAAAAAUAUCGAUUUUUUAAACGGUUAAAAUGUAUUAAAAUAUCAAUUUAAUUUAGGGAAUCGAUGAUUUCAGUUUAGGUAGGUAAAUAUCUGCUUGUUAAUUUUGAUUGGUCUAAGUUUCUUAAUACAAUGAUACCGAUAUAUGACGGUACGAGUAUUAAUAUGACUAGGAUUGUACUUUGGUUUCGUAUUGAGAGUAGGUACCAUUGAAUGAUUUGUUGUGUGAUAAGGACUUCUGAGGUGUACUUGGCUUGUUUGGUGUAUAGUUUCUUGCUAAAUUAUUCUUAUUAUAGUACACUUUUCUACUGUUUUUCCGACUUCUUCAUUGACAAGUUUUUGUAUGCAGAUUAGGUGCCAUAAUUUUCUGAUGAGGUUUUUUAGUCGUUAUGUUUUGCAUAUUUUUGCAUAUUAGUGGCAUUAAAGUAAAAGCAAAAAUUCAAAAUGUAUUUAUUAAAUAGAGUUACCAGACGUUCGACAAGAUGAUGGUAACGAAGGUUACUUCGCAGUUCAUGACAUUAUAAUAAUAUAUUGACGUUCUGUAAUUUAUUACAAAUCUUAAUAAAUUCAAUAAUGUUAUAGGUAGGUAACUUACUUAUCAGUCUUUGAAAUAAUUUCGAUUUUCUUUUUAAAUUAUAAAUGUAUGUAGGUACUGUACAAAUAUAAAAUGUAAUUGUAAUCUAUUUUAAUAUUGUUGAACUUUACAUAGUAAUAUUAAGCUGUACAAUGAACUAUAUUUCCUAUAUUCAUAUUAUUUUUACUAAAUUUCAGAAUAAAAUGUUGUUUUUUCAAUGCUUAUAUUUACAAAUAAAUAAACACCAUAAAAUUGUUAAUUAACUAUCCAUGUUUGUGAAGUGAACACAUAUUCAGUGUACCAAUAUUGAUAUUGGUAUGCAGUGCUGGAUAUAGAGCAAGUACAGGCCCACCAAGUUUAAGUACUCUAACUAGCCCAAAACCCGUUACAAUGUGCUAGAAAAAUUAAUUUUAAUACUUAUUACACAGAAAGAAAAAACUAAGGUGAAAUUAACAGAAUACAUUUGUUAAGUGUUAACCAACAUAAGUUUGUUAAGUUUAUUAUAUAUUUGUUGUUAAAACAGAAUUUUUAUUGAAUUAUUUAUAUUUUUAUUAAAUUAACAACUAAGCUUUUAUUAAAUUAAUCACGCCUUAUCGAAUUAACAAAAAACCUUUUGUUAAUGUUCUGAGCAUAUAAUUAAAUACAAUUUAUUAUUUUAACAAUCAUAUGUUUGAUUUAAUAUUUAUUUUUUUUAAACCAAAUAAACGAAUUUAUUAAAUUAACAAAUUAUAUUGUUAAUUUAAAGUAACCGCAUUGUCAUCUAUAUUUGAAUUAUUACCAAUUUAAAAAUAGAUAUAAAUUACUGGAAAUCCCAUUUUUUUCAAAUGUUAACAAUCAAUUUAUUAAUUCAACAAAAGCUUCAUUAAAUUAAUAAUAUUUUUUUUCCGAGCGCAUGCGCCAGACUUCCUGACUUCGACAUUAUCGUACUUUGUUCAACAAUUGUAUACAGUAUAGUUUUUAUUUUUUACUUAUAUCGUGUGAUAACUGUGCGUUGUUUUUUGUAAUAAACAUUUAGUUUCAAUCGUGAACAAAUCCAACGUAAAAUGCAACACCAAAAAGAAGAUUACUUAAAUCUAUUCAGAGAAAACCUUGAGGAUGAAAGAAUUUAUACAGAGCUUCAGCUACCCUCCUGCUCUUCAAUUUCCAAUGAUGAAAGAUUAGUAGAAUGUCCGAAUAUUAUGGAUAAUUUUUCUCAACUAUCACCGCCAAGUCAUGAUAUUUCACCUAAGCCUUAUCAUUUAAGUUUUGAGGAUCAAAAUAUUUUAAAAGAUAUGUUGUUAGGUUGGAACAUGGAAUAUUUGUAUGAAACUUGCUUAGCUGAAUGUAUUGAUGUCGAGGCGUUACAAUCUAUAAGUACUAUUGAAGUUGAGCAGCUUUUAUCAAAGUAUCCAAUGGGGGUGAAAAUAAAAUUUAAGAAAAAUCUCAAGCAAUUGCAAAACAAACCAGAAGAGGUUACUGUUGAUGUAAGGAAUACAUCAACUGUAUCCACUUUAUCAUUUUCCAACUUACCAGUACAAUCAAUUUGCCAUAUAUCUCCACAAUUUUCUUUACAUGAUGUCCUUAGUAAUAGUUCUCAUGGGGUAAUGAUAACAAACUACUACAAGUCAAAUAAAAGUUUAAAUGAGUCAUGUCGCAGUUUAAUGAUUGACUUAAUAAUAUCGAGUCUCAUUGAACAAUCUAUCUCUAUGUCUGUUGGUCUGGCAGAUACUAUAGCAAAGACAAUUGUUGAAACUUUUACAACGGAAUUGAAGGAAACAUAUUUUGUUAGAGAUACAGACAAUAAAGCGCCAAAAGGGAAACUGUAUGCAAAAUAUUUCAACAAAAUAAGAAGUUUAAAAAACCAUGGGCUAGUGUCUCAGGGCCCAUUAAAAAAACGUAAGCUUGAGAAAAAUAGUCUUACCCGGAUAUCUGCAGCAUUCAAUGAUGAAUUAGUGGUUGAAGAAGAUCCUGAAAGAUAUAUAAGUCAGUUGAACCAUGAUGAAUUAUCAUGGCCUGAUAUAGAAAUAAUUUGGAAAAAAACUGCAGUGUACAGGCUAAAAUCAUUAAAAAUGUCGGCUACUGAUUUACACAAUACAUGGCCUCACUACAAGAAGCCACUUGGAUAUAAACUUGUUGACAUUGAUUUUCAGUGUCUUCAAAAGGAAGCAUCAAAUAUGCUAAACAUUUUUGAUGACACCAAACUAAAAGUUAUUCAAGUACUGAAUCAACGGCUGAAAGAUCCUUCAAAUAAGAAGUUAUACAAUUAUCUGAUUGACAACAGUCAAGUAACUGAAAGUUCUAAAAGUUGUAUAAUAUUGUAUCUCCUACAUGCAAUUUUAAUACCAACAAACAAAAAGUCAUCCACCGACACACAAGGGAAAAAAACCAUAGUAAAAUAUUCAAUCCAAGAUUCGCAGAACAGUUUUAUGAUGAUAGCGCCAACUGCAGUAGAGGUUGAAGAAAUGAUCAAGCGAAAAUAUAAUGUUGGCGAUACCAUACAACCAUGUAUUAUAAUUAUAGGAACAAUUAGGGAACCACUGGAAGUAUUGGUUUUUUUUGAUAGUAUUAAAUACAAAGUUUUUUCCCCUAUUAAAGCACUAGACAUUUGUUUCAAAAUUUUCCAUGUCUUCAAUAUAGAAUAUCCAAUUGAAUCUAUAAAUGUAUGGCUAUUUGUUCAAAAAUUAUACUAUAAUAUUGUUAACAAAUAUGACAAACCUUGUCCUUUGGUUAAUCAAAUUGUUAGUGAAAUUAAAUUUUGAUAAAUUGUUUGAUUUUUAAAAUAAAAUUAUUUUUAGUCU